AUCAUUCUGAUAUGAAGUGUUUAUUGGGAUUUACGGAUAUAAGAAAUUGGUUGGUUUGAAAUUUAAUAGCAAUUUCUGGCUUGUCUGAGAUGCGAUAUCUACAGAUAAUCUCACUGCUAUUACAUAUUUUACUUUUUGCAUCCUUUCAGAAUUUCAUGAUUUGGGGUCUGACAAUGGUGGAGUGGAGUGCUAACACAUGCGUUGUGCUAUGACUGAAAGCGCUUGCAUUUUCAGAUGUGCAGUUUACUUGAUUUUUGAUUUAUUUACCUUGGUUUUGAGUAGUGCCUUUUUAACAUGCCUUCUUUUCUGAUCCUUAUUACAGCAUCGACUUAUAGCCUCUUCUUGGUCCUAUUUCUGAAAUUCGUAGAUUCAACAAUGAGACAAUAAUCAAGAGGCCGCUGUGAUGUCCAACAUUCUUCUACAUAAUUAUGUUGUAAGCAAAGAAGAAAAAGAAGAAAGCUCAAGUUCCUGCCACAGUUGCUGAUAUGCAAUGGAGAGGCUACCAAGACCUUGGGACUGAAAAUUUUGGCAUGCCUUUAGUAGCUUCAGGCUAUAACCCUUACUGGGGUGAUGGGAUGCCAUUAGGAGUUGAUGCCUCCUAUGUGACACCUUUCGGUGCAAUGCCAUUUAUGGGUUAUCCACCUGGCCCCUUUGAUGUUCCGUUCGGUGGAGGAAUGCUUCCACAAGAUCCAUUUGCAGCACAAACUUAUAUGAUGCCAGCGGUUCCAAGGGAUCUAUCUGAGUUAGGCAUGGGCAUGGUUCAGAGGCCUCCAGGCCUGAAUAGAGAAGAGAUUGAGGUCCGGAAGGCUGAUAUAAGGCACAAGCGAGGAAUGGACCGAUUCAAUGAAAGGUUAGCUAUUGAAUGUUGGAGCAAAUGUCUCUGUCGCUUGGAGCACAUAUCUUGUGUCGCUUGGAGCAAAUGUCAUUUGAUAUUUUUUUAGUAGAGAAAAUUUGUUUUUGAAGAUUGUAUAUAUUUUGGAGAUUUAAGAAAAUAGUGUUGGUGGUAUAGUGUUGUGUUAAAUGUUAAUGAGAUGUAUUAAUAUUUUGAAAUGUUAUAUGAAUAUGAUUUGUUGAUUUGGUAAAUAUUAUGUGUUAUUAAUAUA